UGUACAAAAACUGGUAACAAUGAGUGCUAAACAGUGCAUCAGGUUUUGAAAUAGUUCAAUUAUUUAUUGCAAAUUUCGCACACGACACCAGCCAUAAAUAAUCACAAUGUAAUUUGUAUAAUAUAUUUCAUACAAUUAGAGAACAGCAGUGUGGCACCGCUUUCAGUGUUCAAUUACGUGAAAAUAAUAGGACGCAAAAUUGCUUAAUGCUUCAAAAUUAUGCCUCUCGCUGGCUGUAGCGGCGUGCUAGGCCGCGGGCACGAUGGCCGAGGAGCACGCGUGCUUGGUGCGCGCGCGCUCCGACUCUGAGGGCUCGUCUAAGCACAGCUUCGGCACCAUGACCUACACUGAAGAUAGACUUAGCGGUACAGAGAGCGGCGGCGGCGAACCUGGCAACACCAGCCACAUGGCCGCCAGCCCGCCCGACGCCGCCGACGCCAACGAGAGCGGCGAGCUCCUCGACUAUAACGACUCCAGCGUGCUCGAGCAGUUCCAUGAGGAUGCCUUGCGACAGGCUGGUUGCGGUCUCUCCCAAGCCCGAGUCACACUAGCAGUGUUCUUUGCAAUAGCGGGCGCCUCGCUCGAGCUGGCUGCCAUACCGUUCAUCUUGCCCUCCGCUGAAAUCGAACUGUGUAUACUGCCGCACGAGAAGAAUUGGCUCGUAAUGAUCAGCUUAGUGGGCGGUUCCAUUGGCGCGGCGGGGUGGGGCGCACUAUCAGAGCGACUGGGGCGCAGGCGAUGUCUGCUCUCAUGUCUUGCCGUCAACGCGGUAUUCGCCGCCAUAGCUGCUUUCAUGCCAACUUAUGGGACGUUUAUGAUGGCCAGAUUCUGUUCAGCGAUAGGCUCAGGCGGCAUAGUCCCCAUUAGCUACACGUACAUAGGCGAGGUGUGCGCGGGCGGGCGCCGCGCCGCGCUGAGCGCCUGCGCCGCCGCCGCCGCCGCCGGCUCGCUGCUCGCGGCCGCGCUGGCAGCCGCCACGCUGCCGCAGACCGGCGCCACCACGCUCAUUGAGAAUAAGGAGCACUUUAGUGCUUGGCACAGGUAUCUCCUACUGUGCACGCUACCGAUACUCGCGUCGCUGGUCAGUCUUAUCUGGACGCAAGAAUCGCCGCGGUAUCUACUAGAUGCGGGAAGGGAAGUCGACGCCAUGAUGGUUUAUCAGAGCAUACACAGCAGCAACAAGGUGCUGGUGUGCGGCGUGGCGGUGGCGGGCGCGGCCGAGUACCGCCUGGGCGAGCUGGCGCUGCCCGGCAAGCGCCGCCCGCCCGCCCUGCACCACUGCCGCCAUAGCGUCAGCAUGUUCUGGCAGUCAUUCUUCCAAUUAUUCUCGAGCCCGUACCGCAAUACCACGCUCUCGCUCGGAGGCAUGCUACUGUUCACUAUGGCCAUACAGUACUACCUAGCAUCAUACGUCCCAGCAUCAGUAGUGAAAAUGGACAGCGAUCUUUUUGAAGCCUCAAAAAAGAGUUACGGAAACGACACAUAUACAGACGUACAUUACAAUACAACGUUAGAAAAUAUUGAAUUUUACAAUAUGACGUUUAAUAAAUGUACUAUAAAAGAUCUGCUGAUGUCCCACGUGGCGUUCAAGAAUUGCUCGUUCAAUAAUGUAGCGUUGUCCAAUAUUAAGACUUCGUUUACCACUUUUGAGGGAUGCCUGUUUGUGAAUAGCACAAUAAUCGACACAGACAUGGAAGUAGGCCGCGAACUAGACGAAUGGUGUACCUUCACAAGCACCAUAAUCCGCGGCAUGCGCGGCGGCUGCUCGCGGCACGCCGACCUCACGUCGCGGCUCGGCGGCAUGAUCGCCGAGCAGAGCUACGUGUCUCACGCCAUGUUUGUCGUCGUGUUCGUUGCUCUGUUGCCGACCAGCAUGAGGCCUCCUGUGGCAAUGUGCGGAGCAUGUAUAUUGCUGUCUCCAUUAGUCUACAUAGCGCAGAGCGAGACAGCACUAUACGUCGUGGAGGCGGUCUACCGAUUCUUUAUAGCGAUGGUGUUCUAUAUAGUCGGAGUCACUGUUGUUAAUACAUAUCCACAUAAUUUGAGAUGCACAGCACAUGGGCUGAUCCUAUCAGUGACGUACAUGGGCUGCGCCAUAGUGCGCGGCGCGGGCGACGGCGGAGCGCUGGUCAGUGCGCUGCUCUGCGCUGCGCUGGGCGCUGCCGCUACCGGCGCUGCGCUCGCUGCUAACCUGCGCUAGUGCAGGUAUUACCGAGUCCUAUGGACUCAUUAACAAUAUAAUUCCGAGGUAUCACAAGUUCCAAUAUUUAGCGGAACGCUUAUUAUUUUGACAUCACAACCAAUAAGGUUGUAAUUUAAAGGUAAAGGAAAAAUGCUAUCUUUAGUUUAAAGUUGGGUUUUGCAUUUAUAAAUAAUCUUUUUUUUUUCAUGCCUAUAAGUAUUAAAAAAAUACAUGCUUAAUUUCUAACACACAGAUAAA